AUGCCCCGGUGGUAUUCGCCUACAGGCCCGGAAGAUGACACCGUCAUGUUCGAGUCGCGUUUCGAAUCGGGAAACCUUCGGAGUGCCGAGAGAAUAGGCGAGUCGGAGUACAACCUCCAGCUGGCCUUCGACAUCAACACGGACAGGCAUACCCAGUGGUUCUACUUCCGGAUGUCCAACCUGAGGCGUGGCCGGCCCUACAAGCUCAACAUGCAGAACCUCAUGAAGACCGAGGCGGUGUACAACCUUGGCAUGCAGCCUCUAGCUUACUCCGAGUCGCGUGCGGAGCAAGAAGGCGUUGGGUGGUAUCGGACGGGGUCUGACGCGUGCUACUUCAAGAAUCAGCUCACUAGGGCGGGGCUGAAGCCGUUUUGGACCCUCACCUUCACCGUGCAGACAUCCUUCGACCAAGACACGCUCUACUUGGCGCACUGCUUUCCUUACAGAUACUCGGACCUGCAGCAGUACCUGAGCAAGAUAGAGGCUUCUCCGCUUGGGGUUUGCAGCGCUAUACGGAGGAGGCGUCUCUGCGAGACCCUGGCCGGGAACGAGUGCGAUCUUCUCACCAUCUCUACCCCCGGGGGCGAUCACGCCAACAAGAAGGGGAUCGUUAUCUCAGCUAGGGUCCAUCCCGGCGAGACUAACGCCUCCUGGAUGAUGAAGGGGGUCUUGGACUACUUGAGCUCCGACUGCCACUGUGCCGUCGCCUUGAGGGACAAGUUCAUCUUCAAGAUCGUGCCUAUGCUAAACCCUGACGGUGUCAUCGUGGGGAACUACCGCUGCUCGCUCGCGGGGGGCGAUCUCAACCGCCAGUACGAUAACCCGAAACGGGAGCUCUUCCCCGAAGUCCUACACCUCAAGCAGAUGAUCUCCAACUUCGGCAUCGGAAAGGAGGUGUUGCUGUACGUGGACCUGCACGGCCAUUCCAAGAAGAGCAACAUCUUCAUGUACGGCGUGGAGAACCCCACCGAUGAGGCCCUAUACAUGCGAGAGCGCAUCAUCCCCACCCUUCUCGACCAAGCCAGCCCACUCUUCAACUUUGCAGACUGCACCUUCGACAUCGGCAAGGGCAAGGAGGGAUGCGGCAGAGUGGUGGUGAGGAAGCAGCUCGGCAUCGUCAACGCCUACACCAUGGAGGCUAGCUUUAUGGGGGCAGAUCAGGGCGAGUUUCAGGGCAUCCACUUCCACCAGGGGCACUACGAGGCCAUGGGCCACUCCUUGUGUGAAGUUCUGCUAGACUUGGUAGACACGGACCAGAGAAAGGUCGAGGGUAUCGUCCGACGUUACAGGGAAAAGUUUCCCAUCGACCAGUCGCGAGUGGUGUCAAAGCGAGACGACUACGGUCACGGUGACAGCAGCAACAGCAGCGCAACCUCCUCCUCAGACGAUGACAACGACUCAGAUAGCGGACGCCGUCACCGUAACCACAAUCGACAUCGCCAAGUCACCAGGCCGUCAUCCUCCAAGCCUUCCACCCCGACCGGUCGAGAAAGCGGCGCGGGUGUUACCGGCAAGUCGCGACCAGGCUCUCGGCCUGCUUCUUCCUCAGCCGAGAAAAAUGGCACCCUUCGGGAGAACGGCUGCGGCAAGAAGGACGAGGGCAAGGGAGGAACUCCAAGGGGCGCGCUAGGAAAGAGCAAGAGCGUCGCCGAGCAGGGUACACCGCCAACAGUCACGAAGACAGCAGUCCCGCCGAAGAUCACCCCUACCCCCGUCGCCCGACACAGCAGCGCCGUCGCCCCUACCCCGCAGAAAUCCACGCCUUCGGCGAAAGCGACGAAGCCGGAUACCCCGAAAGGUUCUUCCAAGGCCGCCGGUGAAGGUACUGCCGGAAAGAACGCCUCUUCGAAAAACGCCUCUUCGAAAGGCGCCUUUUCGAAAACCGGCGGCCCCGCGAAAGCCACCGCCGCGGCCUCUUCCGCGGGCAGCAAAGCUUCCGGCGGCGCUAAAGAGAAGGUCGCCACGGCCGGCAACGCGGCUAAGGAGAGAGGUAAGACAGCAUCAUCGUCACCGAGGGUGAGCGCGGUGACGACCGUGGCUCGGGGAGAGAGCCCCAAGCUGGCGGCGCCGGGGCGGUCGAAAUCGAUCUCGGCGGGGGGAGGGGGUACCAAGCGGUCGAAAAUCGCGGGAGUGCCCCCAUUAGCCCUCGCGAGAAGGAAAACCACAACUACUGCUAGCGACAAGAAGGGUUCGACAAGAAACAGCAGCAGCGUGGGCACGAAGGGUAAACCUAAGGGGGUCCCGUCGGUGGGUACGACACCCCCCCCCCCUCGAAGACCGGCGUCCUCGCCGGGCUCGCGCUCAGUGGCUAGUCCCCGACGCCGGGCCACUUCAAGAGUAGACCCCCCCAAGAGGUCGCCCUCUGCACCGGCCAAGACCACGGGGCCGAAGCGUGCCGAGACCAGCAGCAAUGCCACUAGCACUCGCAGCGUUGGAGCAACGGGAGUAGGGGGCAAGGGCAAGGGGAAGGUGAAAGGAACGGCGGGAGGGGGCGGGAAGGCGGCUCCUGGUGGGACCAAGAAAGGCGACAAGAAGGAGGCCUUGCCGCUGCCGCCGCUUCGAUCCAAGUCUCCUAGUGCCGCGAAACAGGCUGCGAGUAGGUAG